UCCAUAUGAAUGUGUGUGCGACUGUGUGUGCACGUGUGUGAACUAGUGUGUAUAUAAAUAUGAAUGUGUAUGUGAGCGUGUGUGCGACUGUGCGUGUGAAUAUGAGCGUGGGGAUGCGAGUGCUUGUGAGCGUACGUGUGACUGAACGUGUGAGUGUGUGAGCAUGUACUGCGUGAGCGUGUGUGUGUGUGUGUGUGUGUGUGUGUGUGUGUGGUGGAGGCAGCUGGGGACCAGGGAUGGAGCUGUUCAUCCAUGUGACAGACUGUGCCUCCUGACGCACACGUGUGUGUAUGUGCAGAUGACUGUGCAUGUGUGUGACAGUCAGAGAGCACACAUGCCAUGACAUGAGCCGUGAAGAGUCCGGAGUGAGAGGCUUCCCAGCGAGCCCAUUUUGCACCUUUUUCCUUUCAAGCCAAGCCAGAUUUCCACACGGGACCACACUGUAGCAGCCCUGCCUGAGGGCUUCCCCAGGGGUCUCCAUGGAGUGUUUGAGACCCCAAACGGGCCUCUGUGGGGCUUGGCUUGGGUGUGGGGAUAAAGGAUAUGAAAGCCCUUGGGCCUCCCAUCCCUCUUGGGUCCCCGACUCCGAGUCCCGAGGAGCGGCUGGCCCUGCGGUGGCGGUCGGCCCUCAGCUCCGGUGGGUCCCCCGUGCCUGGCCCCGGGCUCGGCAUCCCUGCUUUCCAGGGCGGAACAGCUGCAUCCCGCUGGUGGACCCCUUCUCCAGUGAGAGCCUGGACGCCUCCAGCCCGGUGCAGCAUCUCGUCGCGCUGCACCGCACUGUCAUGGUGGUCCUGCCCCUGAGCCUGGUCCUGCUGGUGUGCGGCUGGGUGUGCGGCCUGCUCAGCUCCCUGGCCCGGAGCGCCCUGCUGCUGCUUCUCACAGGCUGCUACUUCCUGCUGGGGGGUGCCCUGACCCUGGUGGGGAUCAGCGUCUACAUCGGCUACUCGCACCUGGCCUUCGCGGAGACGGCCCGCCAGUACGGCCCGCAGCACGUGCAGGGCGUCCGCAUCAGCUUCGGCUGGUCCGUGGCCCUGGCCUGGGGCUCCUGCACCUCGGAGGCGCUCAGCGGCGCCCUCCUGCUCACGGCUGCCUGGGCUCUCAGCCGGCCGGUCGCCCCCCACUCUGUGGUCGUCUGAGCCCCAGCAGGCAGGCCAUGGCGAGGAGAGGGCUCAGGUUCCUUUGGCCACUGGCAGGAGGUGGAGUCCUGGAUGGGAGGGAGCCCGGGGUGGCAGGGCUGGGGGCAGAGCCAGGGCUCCAGGGCUCUGCUUUUGGCACCCUGGGUGUUUGGGGGGGCUCCCCUGCCCCGUUUAGGGGUGUUAGGGACUAAUUGGUUUAACAGUGGCUUAGGAGAAAAGCGAGUCCAGAAAGAGGAAGCAAGUGGCCCUGGGGGGCACAGGGUGUGUGGCAGUCAGGUGGGGGUGCCGCAGGCUCCCAGGUGCUCAGCGUGUGCUCUUGCCUGCCGAGGGUAUGGCCUGCACCCGCACGUCCCUGUGCCACCGCUGCCCCCAUUCCUAGGACCUGGGGCAGUCCAGGGAGAGAAGGGGUUGUCAUGCUGGGCGCUGAGGGCUCCCCUCUCUCCAGGCCCCAGUAGCCCUACUCAGUGUUUCCUGUUUUUCCCAUUUUACAGAGGGGAAGACUGAGGCCCAGAGCAGCCAGGGACCCACCCAGAUCACACAGAGCUGGGUGCCCUUGCUGGCCAGGGGCCUCCCAGCCCUGCUCUGUCCACUCUCUCCAGAGGGCAGGUGCUGGUGGAGAGGAGGCGGGGACAGGCCCGGGAGCCCCCAGGGUUUGCAGGUGGUGGGAGCUGAGUGCACCUGCCGCUCUUGGAGGGUGACUGUCCCCACGUGCGUCCAGGCGCUCAGACCCCUUGUCUAGGGGCAGGCCGCCGUGCCCUCUGGCCCUGGCCUCCCACUCUGCAGCACCCUGAGUGCCUGGUGCCCCCCCACUGAAGUGGCAGGCGUGGGGGUCCCAGUGGGUGGGGUGGGCUGGGGGAGUGUGCCCUGGCAGAGGAGUGUGAGCCUGUCCUAGGCCCACAGGUAGCCUGGGUGAGGGGCUUCUUAGCCAGAGGGCCCAGGCCCGAGGGUCACUGCUGGGCAAGGGCAAGAUAGUGAACAGGGACAGCCAGCCCACGCCUGACCCGCCAGGGCCAGAGAGGCUGGGGCAUGCCUGUUUGUAUGUCAGUGGCCAGCAGGGUGGCUGCAGGAGGGUCCCAGGGGCUGUGCAGCACCUGGAAGUCCCAUUUUGGGUGCAGGGGUCCUUCCUGAGCCUGGGGAUGUGUGCGGGGCAAGGUGGCAGCCCCUCCCUCUCCCUCCAUGCCUCAAGGUGACAGGAAGCUCCUGGGGGCCCAGGGGAGCUGGCACUGUUUUGGCAGGACCCACCGAGGACACAGAGCUGGGAGGAGAGUGGGGCCUUCCCUUCCUCCCCAAGUUUGAACAUUUACCGUUCCAUGUGCGAGCACGUGCCAACUCGUCUUUAAAUAAAUCAGCUGGUGGUGUGUGCCGUGUAAGCCAUUUAUUUUCCUCUUAGAGGUUUUCAAAACAGAUACUACAUGCCCAUGUUGCACAAAUAGUGCAAGGGCGAACCGACCCUGUUACCAGCUGUUCGCACAGCCCCCCAGACGUGGCCUCUGUGCAUGUGUGUGUAUGUGGCCAUCUGUGCAGAGACGUCCCGUGUGUGUAUGUGUGUGUGUGUAUGUGGCCAUCCGUGCCCAGACGUCCCGUGUGUG